AAACUUUUGAAGAGUAGGCAGAUUUGGAGAGCUUGAGAAGUUUGGAAGUGGGAAUGGAGUCUUUUUGAAACCGUUUUGAUUUCAAAAGAGAUCAAGAUUCAGAUCAAGAGCUGAACCUCAUAUAUACAAAGGAAUCCAAGUGGUCACCAAGGCUCCAACCACAUCAAUGGGGCACCGCUUCUCCAGACGCAGAAUGUCCGACCUGGACAGCUUGCCUCAGGGCCGCUUUUCCUUCAGCGAAGAGGCGCCUCCGAGAUACUCAGGUCGAGGGGAUCAGGAUACCGUCAGAAACGGUCAAGCCAGCAGUGAGAUCAGGGUCAACAUGGAAACGAUCCCAGGACAGCAGUCUGACCGUCGGGCUUCGAGGCAGGACGGACGACGACCGUCCAUUUACAGCACCAUGGACGCCGUGCCUCAUCUGGAGUUCUACUCCAAUGCCACAGCUACGGGCCGGAUACGGCGCAGCAGACCUUCCCUGGAGACUCUCCGCAAGGCUUUUGAGGAUGGUGAAUCGAGCAGUAGUACGGGAGACUCGGGAACUGGAAGCCUGUCCGCAGUCCCAGAGCAGGGGGAGGAGAACGGCGCUGAGGGGAAGACGACUGAACCAGUCCGUUUUGGCUGGGUCACGGGUGUUAUGAUUCGCUGUAUGUUGAAUAUCUGGGGAGUCAUUCUGUUCCUGCGAUUGUCCUGGAUUACAUCUCAGGCAGGAAUCCUUCUCACUUGGGUUAUCAUCUUAAUGUCCGUCCUGGUGACCUCGAUUUCUUCGUUAUCUGUGUCGGCCAUUGCCACCAAUGGAAGGGUCUCAUCGGGUGGUGGCUACUUCAUGAUUUCCCGCACUUUGGGUCCUGAAAUGGGGGGCCCCAUCGGUAUGGUGUUCUCCUUUGCCAAUGCUCUGGGGUGUGCCCUCAACACUGUGGGAUUUUCGGAGUCUGUCCGAGACCUCCUCGUUGAGUAUAAUGCCGUCAUGGUGGAUGAAACCAAUGAUGUGCGAAUCGUAGGUACCAUCACGGUCACUGCGCUUCUGCUCAUCUCAUUGGCUGGAAUGGAGUGGGAGUCGAAGACCCAGAUUCUGUUCUUCCUUGUGCUGAUGGUGACCUUCUCCAACUAUUUUGUUGGUACAUUUAUUCCACCCACUACACAGAAGCAGUCAAUGGGUUUCUUCAGCUACAGAGCUGAGAUUUUUGUGGAGAAUCUGUUUCCUGACUGGAGAGGGUCAGAAGGAAAUUUCUUCCAGAUGUUUGCCAUCUUUUUCCCCUCUGCUAUCGGCAUCCUGGCGGGUGCCAACAUCUCAGGAGACCUGAAGGAUCCAGAGACUGCCAUCCCCAAAGGAACAAUUAUGGCCAUCUUCUGCACAACAAUGAGCUAUUUAUUGAUUUCCAUAACUGCAGGAGCGUGUGUGGUGCGCGAUGCCUCUGGGAACCUGAAUGACAGUUUGCCACUGAACUACUCUGGACCAUGUGAGGGUUUGGGAUGCAAGUUAGGCUGGAACUUCACAGAGUGUGAACAGAGCCAAUCCUGCUCCUACGGCCUGUCCAACAACGUCCAGGUGCUCAACUUGAUCUCAGGCUUCGGCCCUCUUAUCACUGCUGGCUUGUUUGCCGCCAGCCUGUCGUCAGCCCUCGCCUUCCUCGUCUCUGCCCCCAAAGUCUUCCAGUGUCUCUGCAGGGACAACAUUUACCCUUACAUAGGCUUCUUCGCUAAGGGUUACGGGAAGAACGAUGAGCCGCUGCGUGCCUACAUCCUCACUUACUUCAUCGCUCUGGCAUUUAUUCUGAUUGCCGAGUUGAACACCAUCGCGCCUCUGAUCUCUAAUUUCUUUCUGUGCUCCUACGCUCUCAUCAACUUCAGCUGCUUCCAUGCCUCCAUCACCAACUCCCCAGGUUGGAGGCCAUCAUUCAAAUACUACAGCAAAUGGACUGCUCUGUUUGGAUCCGUCAUCUCUGUGGUGCUGAUGUUCCUGCUCACAUGGUGGGCAGCCCUCGUUACAUUUGGCAUUAUCCUCUUCCUGUUUGGAUAUGUUACGUACAAGAAACCAGAGGUCAACUGGGGCUCGUCAGUCCAGGCUGGUACCUACAACAUGGCUCUGUCCUAUUCAGUCUCUCUCUCUAGUGUAGCAGACCAUGUCAAAAAUUUCAGGCCACAGUGUCUGGUUCUAACUGGUCCUCCUAACUUGCGUCCAGCUCUGGUAGACUUUGUGGGCUCAUUCACUAAGAAUGUCAGUCUGAUGAUCUGUGGUGACAUUCUCAUGGAUGAUGACAAGUCAGUCAUAUCCCAGCGAAACACAGACAAACUAGUCAAAUGGCUGAACUGCAGGAAGGUGCGCUCCUUCUACACACCUUUCAAAGGAGACAGUCUAAGAGAGGGGGCUCGUCACCUCAUGCAGGCUGCCGGUCUGGGAAAAAUGAAGCCUAAUACGCUGGUCAUGGGCUUCAAGACUAACUGGAAGGAGUGCUCCCCCUCCACUGUGGAGGACUAUGUUAACACCAUAUAUGACACUUUCGACUCCAACUAUGGAGUGUGUAUUCUCCGGAUGAUGGACGGACUUGACAUUACAGAGGAGCUGCAGUGUGAAGCUAACCAGGCGUUUGAGAGCGAUGAGGCACUCGAUUCAGACCACAGCGAGAAUUCAGAGGGGGAAUCAGACGAAGAAAACACAAACCAUAUCAUAAACGACGAGAUCCGAACAGUUUUUCAGAACAAACAAGGGAAGAAAACAAUAGACGUGUACUGGAUCUCUGAUGAUGGCGGCCUGACGCUGCUGGUCCCGUAUCUGCUGACGAGGAGGAAGCGCUGGAGGAGGAGUAAAGUUCGGGUCUUUGUCAUCGGCCAGCAGCAGACCAUGGAGGAUGAACGCAAAGAGAUGAUGGUUUUACUACGGAGAUUUCGACUGGAUGUCCAUGAUGUCAUCGUGAUCACAGACAGUGAACGGCCACCUUUUCCCAAAAACUUGAAUCGCUUUGAGGACUCUAUAGCCGGCUUCAGGCUCCGAGAGGGACAGCAGGCGGAGGGGUCAGCACAGCAGCAAAGGACGGAGGGUCCUUGGAAAAUUUCAGACAAGCAGAUGGAUGCGUUCAGACUCAAGUCUGAGAGAAAGGUGAGGCUGAAUGAGAUCAUCAGGAGGAAUUCCAAACACGCUGCUCUGGUCUUAGUGUCAUUACCUGUCCCUCAGGGCGGCUGCCCCAGCUCCCUCUACAUGGCUUGGCUGGACACUCUGAGCUGUGGACUGCACUGCCCCGUCCUGCUGAUUAGAGGAAACCAGCAGAAUGUCCUCACAUUCUACUGCCAGUAACUCACUCAUCCACAAUCACUUAGCACUUAUCAAGGAAUUCA